GCUGCGAGCAGCCGCGGCAGCGGCUGCGCGUAGUUGCAGUUGCGCCAUCUGUCAGGAGCGGAGCCGGCGGGGAGGGGGCUGCCGCGGGAGAGGAGGAGGGGUCGCCGCGAGCCGAAGGCCGUCGAGACCCGACCGCCGACCGGCCGCGGGAGCAGAGGAGAGGCUGCACUCGGAGCCGCGCGUCCACCGCCGUCCGGGCGCGCGGCGCUUCAAGCCGAGCACCGAGGGCUUCCCAGGCUCACACAAAGCCGCCGCCCGCGCCUGGGAGGGAUCCGGCCGCCGGGCCGGGGACACCCGGCGCCGCCCCCUGGGCACUCUCAGAAGGCCCACCGGCUCCCGGGCCCGCCGAGGAACCACCGGAGCCGCUUCGGCCGCGCCGGAGGAGGGCGGGGAGAGGACCAUGUGAAUGGGCUCCGGAGCCUGAGCGCAGCGCAGUUUUUUGAAGAAGCAGGAUGCUGAUCUAGACGUGGAAAAAGACCAGUCCAGCAGCUGUAUUAGAAGACAUGUGGUAUAUAUAAAGUUUGUGAUCGUUGGGGGAAAUUUUGGGAGCUUCAAGAUGGCGGAAGAGUAAGAUGCGGAGAUCACCUUCCUCCCCACAGAUACAUCAGAAAUACAUCUACAUGUGGAACAACUCCUACAGAACACCUACUGAACGCUGGCAGAAGACCUCAGACCUCCCAAAAGGAGUUUAGAUAAUGGGCUGUGUGCAAUGUAAGGAUAAAGAAGCAACAAAACUGACGGAGGAGAGGGAUGGCAGCCUGAACCAGAGCUCCGGGUACCGCUAUGGCACAGACCCCACUCCUCAGCACUACCCCAGCUUCGGCGUGACCUCCAUCCCAAACUACAACAACUUCCACGCAGCCGGGGGCCAAGGACUCACCGUCUUUGGGGGUGUGAACUCUUCGUCUCAUACUGGGACCUUGCGUACGAGAGGAGGAACAGGAGUGACCCUGUUUGUGGCCCUGUACGAUUAUGAAGCACGGACGGAAGAUGACCUGAGUUUUCACAAAGGAGAAAAAUUUCAAAUAUUGAACAGCUCGGAAGGAGAUUGGUGGGAAGCACGCUCCUUGACAACUGGAGAGACUGGUUACAUUCCCAGCAAUUAUGUGGCCCCAGUUGACUCCAUCCAGGCAGAAGAGUGGUACUUUGGAAAACUUGGCCGAAAAGAUGCUGAGCGACAGCUUUUGUCCUUUGGAAACCCAAGAGGUACCUUUCUUAUCCGUGAGAGUGAAACCACCAAAGGUGCCUAUUCACUUUCUAUUCGUGACUGGGAUGAUAUGAAAGGAGACCAUGUCAAACAUUAUAAAAUUCGCAAACUUGACAACGGUGGAUACUAUAUUACCACCCGGGCCCAGUUUGAAACACUUCAGCAGCUUGUACAACAUUACUCAGAGAGAGCCGCAGGCCUCUGCUGCCGCCUAGUAGUUCCCUGUCACAAAGGGAUGCCAAGGCUUACCGAUCUAUCUGUCAAAACCAAAGAUGUCUGGGAAAUCCCUCGAGAAUCCCUGCAGUUGAUCAAGAGACUGGGAAAUGGGCAGUUUGGGGAAGUAUGGAUGGGUACCUGGAAUGGAAACACAAAAGUAGCCAUAAAGACUCUCAAACCCGGCACAAUGUCCCCUGAAUCGUUUCUUGAAGAGGCACAGAUCAUGAAGAAGUUGAAGCAUGACAAACUGGUUCAGCUCUAUGCGGUGGUGUCUGAGGAGCCCAUCUACAUUGUCACCGAGUAUAUGAAUAAAGGAAGUUUACUCGAUUUCUUAAAAGAUGGAGAAGGAAGAGCUCUGAAGUUACCAAACCUUGUGGACAUGGCAGCACAGGUUGCUGCGGGAAUGGCGUAUAUCGAGCGCAUGAAUUAUAUCCACAGAGACCUGCGGUCAGCAAACAUUCUCGUGGGGAAUGGACUAAUUUGCAAGAUCGCCGACUUCGGAUUGGCCAGGUUAAUCGAAGACAAUGAGUACACAGCAAGACAAGGUGCAAAGUUCCCCAUUAAGUGGACAGCCCCCGAAGCAGCCCUGUACGGGAGGUUCACAAUCAAGUCUGACGUGUGGUCUUUUGGAAUCUUACUUACAGAGCUGGUCACCAAAGGAAGAGUUCCGUACCCAGGCAUGAACAACCGGGAGGUGCUGGAGCAAGUGGAGCGCGGCUACAGGAUGCCGUGUCCGCAGGACUGCCCCAUCUCCCUCCAUGAGCUCAUGAUCCACUGCUGGAAAAAGGACCCCGAAGAGCGGCCCACUUUCGAGUACUUGCAGGGCUUCCUGGAAGACUACUUCACCGCCACAGAGCCCCAGUAUCAGCCUGGUGAAAACCUGUAAGACCUGGGUCUGCAGAGAGAGGCCUGGUCCAAGAGGCUUCCCCGCCCCCUCCCCAUUAGCUUUCAAUUCCGUAGCCAGCUGCUCCGAGCAGAGCAGUGAGAACUGUCCAGGAUCAGAUUGCAUGUGACUCUGAAGCUGACGAACUUCCAUGGCCCUCAUUAAUGACACUUGUCCCCAAAUCCGAACCUCCUCUGUGAAGCAUACGAGACAGAACCUUGUUAUUUCUCAGACUUUGGAAAAUGCGUUGUAUCGAUGUUAUGUAACAGGCCAAACCUCUGUUCAGUGUAAAUAGUUAUUCCAGUGCCAACGAUCCUAGUGCUUUCCUUUUUUUAAAAUGCAAAUCCUAUGUGAUUUUAACUCUGUCUUCACCUGAUUCAACUAAAAAAAAAGUAUUAUUUUCCAAAAGUGGCCUCUUUGUCUAAAACAAUAAAAUUUUUUUUCAUGUUUUAACAAAAACCAA